AUGAAGCCAUUUUGUUGGUGGGCAAUUGAUUUGGUAGCGGCAACGAAAUUUCAUUUUUACCAAAACGGCAUGUCGCCUUUACUGGAACAUAAUAUAUAUCUGAGAUGCAGUAGAACUGCUUUCGGAAUUUAUGGUUUCUCAUUUAUGAAUGUUACUACUGAUACUUCCUACGUCGAUUUGAAAGUGAAUGAAAAUGAAAUUAAAAUUGAAGAACGGCAAAAAAUUCUUGUCGAAGUUAUAUAUUACUGUUGCAGAUCAUGCGAACAUUAUGAGAAUAAAACAGAUGAAGAAAUAAUCGAAGAUCUUGCUACGGAAUUCUACAGGCGUCGUUUCAAGGACUCAACAGGAAUAUUGCAGAAGGAUUCCGGUUACUGCAUUAAUGUUGAUGGUGAAAAAGAAAUGAGUGACUUGUCAUGCAUGUUUAUGCUUGACGUAAAUACUCCAGCGAAGGUACAUUUUGGCGCAAUGCACUGGAACAUGAUCGACUUGAUGAAGCAGUCAUCGGAACGUGAAAAUAAUUCACUAGUAGCCUUGGCACUUCGAGGUCAUUUUUGUGCACCAUAUAGUGUUUCGCAAAUUCCGGAUGGUGAAUGCAUCCGGUACGCAUCGAUACGGGAAUACUUCGUCCUCUGUUGCUGUUAUGAAAUACCCGAACUUUGUGCAUAUACAAUAUCCAAUAAAUCGAUGAGCAACGUGAAAAUGAAUCGUAAGAUAUGGGAAGCGAAUAUCGAAGUUCGCAAUUCUCUUGUAGCUAAUGAAUUGCGUAUAAAUAGAUAUGAUACGCCAACAAGCUCUUGGACGUAUCGGGAUUUCAUCUACAGUAAACCCACGACGUUUGGUAAGCUCUAUUGA